CUUGAAACUGAAAUUCUUUCCACACCCAGACCAUAUAAAACCGAAACCUCCCUAUAAUAUCGAAUCCCGUAUCUUCCGGUAACUGAAAACACACGCUAACACGCGCACUGCGUGCAACUCGUUUUCCUCUCCGCUCAUGAUUCCACCGCCACUUCCGCUCUCCGAUAAAUUCUCCGCCGAACGCCACGUGUCACCUGGGAGCAACAAUUUCUCCUCGGAUUCUUCUCCAUGCUUUCGUCACGGCAGUUCCAGUUCCCCUCGCCGAGGGUUUGGUUUGUCGCCGCCGCCGCCGAUUCCUCUCCAGGCUCGCAUUGAGAAGAGUGAAGAGGAAGAGGUUAUGCAGUCAUCAAGUUCAACGCCAUUGAAAGCAAAAACUACCAAAGCUGAGAGACGAGCCUUGCAGGAAGCGCAACGAGCUGCUAAAACUGCUUCCAAAGGAGCUGGGGGAAGUAAAGAAAUUGCUGAACCUGGGAAUUCCCCAAGUAAAAGCACAAAGCAGUCUUCACAAAAGAAAGAUGUUCCUCCCUCUCCAUCUUCAGUGGCUGCUGACAAAAAGGCAGGAGAACGUCCUUUUGGGAAAGAUAGGAAAAAGGAUGCUGCUCCUCCUCCUCGGAUGCAAUUCGAUGACAAAAAUAGAGUGGAAAAGGCUAAAAGGAAUGCACUAGUCAAUCCAAUCCAAUCUAGAAACAGGGUUGAAUUGUUUCUGCAUUUGCCUCAAUAUGAACGCACCACUCAGCUUUUGAACCUUGAAUCAAAGUUUUUCCACCUUGAUUCAGUGCAUCCUACUGUGUUCCAGGUUGGACUGCGUUAUUUGACAGGAGAUAUAGUAGGGGGUAAUGCUCGUUGUAUUGCAAUGCUAAGAGCAUUUCAAGAUGCCAUUAAAGACUACAGCACACCGCAAGAUAAAACCCUUAUCAGGGAUUUAACUUCAAAAAUCAAUAGUUACAUAUCAUUUUUUACUGAAUGUAGACCACUUUCUAUGAGCAUGGGAAAUGCAAUUAGGUUUCUUAAGAGCCGGAUUAUCAAUUUGCCUUUAAAUGGUUCUGAGUCUGAGGCAAAAGCAGCUCUGUGUUCUGAUAUAGACCGGUUCAUUAAUGAAAAAGUCAUUUUUGCUGAUAAGGUGAUUGUUGGACAUGCUUUGAAAAAGGUUAUGGAUGGGGAUGUUAUUCUCACAUAUGGAUUUUCAUGUGUUGUUGAGAUGAUUCUUUUACAAGCCUAUGAUCUUGGAAAACAGUUCCGCGUUGUGGUGGUAGACUCACGGCCAAAGCUUGAAGGUCAGGCCUUACUUCAUAGGCUGGUGGCUAAGGGACUGAGUUGCACAUACACUCACAUAAAUGCUGUUUCCUAUAUCAUGCAUGAGGUCACACGAGUUUUUCUUGGGGCUUCUGCAGUUUUGUCUAAUGGAACUGUAUAUUCUCGGGUUGGGACUUCUUGUAUUGCAAUGGUGGCUCAUGCAUUUCAUGUUCCUGUAUUGAUCUGUUGCGAAGCGUAUAAAUUUCAUGAAAGGGUGCAACUAGAUUCAAUAUGUUCGAAUGAACUAGGUGACCCAGAAACUAUUGCUAGGGUUCCAGGACGAUUGGAUGUCAAUUAUCUUGACCGUUGGACAAGUAAAGACAAUUUGAGCAUUUUGAAUUUGAUGUAUGAUGCUACUCCUUCAGAUUAUAUCUCUGCGAUUGUUACGGAUUAUGGCAUGCUUCCUCCUACAAGCGUGUCUGUAAUAGUACAUGAAUAUCGCCGAGAGCACUUGUUGAUGUAGAAAUUUUGUGUAGUCAGCCAGUGACACUAACAUCCCUGCAAUCUAUUCAGAUAAAUGGAAGAUCUAUAUAUACUUGAAUUAUACUAGUUUGCAACACGAAGAUUUUUUAGGCUUUCCUCCUAGUGAUUUAGGAGAUGUAUUUACUUUCAGUAGUUCGAAUGUAAUUAUUUAUUAUCUGUACACUUUAAGUCGUCUGCAAGUUUAGGGUUUAUUCCAUUAAGUUACCAGCACAGUACUAACAUUUGCUGUAGAAUAAGUGAUUAAGUGAAUAACAGGUAUUGAUUGGAUCAAUGUAUUGGUAUAUAUACGAUUCUGUUUCAUGAUUAAGAUUUUCAAAACCGC